AUGCCAAAGUACUACUGCGACUACUGCGAUAUCUUCCUGACACACGACAGUUCAUCAGUCAGGAAAGCUCACAAUGCAGGACGAAACCAUCUGAUCAACGUCCGGACAUACUACAAUGAACUGAGCCAGCAAACGACGCAGGAGGUCGUCAAUACUAUUACAAAGGCGUACGCGGAUUCAGGAGCAGCCAUGCCACCAAAAUACUCGGGUUACCCUCAGCCGUUCCCUGCACCAGGCGGAGCAUUCAACCCAUAUGGACGUCCCAACGGAUUUCCAGGAAUGCCCCCAGGAAUGCCAGGAAUGCCCCCACUGAGACUAGGACUCGAUGGACCUAAUGGACUGCCACCUCGCCCACCACCACCCAUGUUCUUGAGACCCGGAGCGGGAGGACCUCUACCUCCUGGUGUACCUGGCUUUCCCGGUGCACCACCUAUGGGACUCCCACCAGGCAUGGGCGGUCCCCCACCUCCAGGAACAGCAGGAGCACCCUUUCCUCCACCUGGCUUUCCAACAGGAGCGCCCUUCCCACCACCGGGUAUGCCACCAUUCUUGCCCCCUCCAGGAGCAGCAGGCGCACCUCCCGGUACUGCUGCACCCUUCCCUCCAGGACAGUUCCCUCCGCCACAUUUCGCCCCCGGAAGUAUACCACCCCCUUCGUCUGCCCCAGGACCAGGACCUGUCAUGAAUAACGAUCGUAAGAGGCGGCUCGAGGAAGGGCGGGAUUGA